GCUGACGCCAGCACAGUUCGAGAAGAAUGUCGCGGUCCGCGGCGGGCCGCGGCGGGUGCGGGAAGGCCGGGCCCGCGCGAGCCGAGCCCUUCGGCCGCUGAGCCGCCGGCCAUGGAGGACGAGCAGCCCGACAGCUUGGAGGGCUGGGUGCCGGUCCGCGAGGACCUCUUCGCCGUGCCCGAGCGCCACCAGCUGCGCUUCCUCGUGGCCUGGAACGACGCGGAGGGCAAGUUCGCGGUGACCUGUCACGACCGCACGGCGCAGCGGCGGCGGCGGCGCGAGGGGAGCCGGCCCGAGCCCGAGCCCGCCGCGUCCCCCCCCAGCUGGUCGGGCCUGCUGUCGGCCGCCGGGCUCCGCGGCGCGCACCGGCAGCUGGCGGCGCUGUGGCCGCCGCUGGAGCGCUGCUUCCCGCCGCUGCCGCCCGAGCUGGACGCGCGCGCCGGCGGGGCCUGGGGCCUGGGGCUCGGGCUGUGGGCGCUGGUGUGGCCGGCGCGCGCGGGCCCCGGCGACGCGGCGCUGCAGGAGCUGUGCGCGCGGCUGGAGCGCUACCUGGGCGAGGCGGCCACCGGCUGCGGCGGCGCGGCGGUGCGCGACGCGCUCUUCCCGGCGGAGGGCGGCGCGGCCGACUGCGAGAGUCCGCGCAACUUCCGGGAGCGGGCCCUGCGCGCCCGGUGGGCCGCGGCGGACGCGCGGCUGUGCCAGGUUCUUCAGGAGCAUGAUAAAGCCCACACCAUGGUGGCAUUAAUGAAAGUCUAUCGAGAGGAAGAUGAAGCUUACCAGGAAUUAGUUAUGGUGGCAACCAUGUUCUUCCAGUAUUUGCUGCAGCCGUUUAGGGAUAUGAGAGAAGUUGCAACCUUAUGUAAGCUUGAUAUUUUGAAAUCCUUGAAUGAGGAUGAUCUGGGUCCUAAAAGGAUAGUGGCCUUGCAGAAGGAAGCCAAAGAAUGGAGCAGAAGGGCUGAAGAAGCUGUAGUCUCUAUUCAGGACAUCACAGUGAAUUAUUUUAAAGAAACAGUAAAAGCGUUAGCAGGAAUGCAGAAACAAAUGGAACAGGAUGAGAAGAGGUUUGGCCAAGCUGCCUGGGCCACGGCAGCUCCCAGGUUAGAAAAACUCAAGUUGAUGUUGGCCCAAGAGACCCUGCAGCUCAUGAGGGCCAAGGAGUUGUGUUUAAAUCACAAAAGAGCGGAAAUUCAGGGAAAGAUGGAAGAUCUUCCAGAACAAGAAAAAAAUAUGGACGUUGUUGAUGAAUUAGAAAUACAAUAUUAUGAAGUCCAAUUAGAACUGUAUGAGGUUAAAUUCGAGAUAUUAAAAUAUGAAGAAAUACUGCUUAUUAUACAGUUGGACUCAAUUAAAAGGCUUAUAAGAGAUAAAGAGGGGGAAGUUGUCUAUUACGACCCAUGUGAGAGUGCAGAGGAGCUUGAGGCCAUGGCUUGUGUGGCGGGGCUGCCUGGCGACGAGAACCUGGAGGCGGCCGAGCUGAGGCGGCAGCACCAGAGCCUGGAGCGCAAGCGGGGCAGGAUCUGCGCCCGGAGGGCCUGUCUCAGGAACAGACGGGAUCAGUGCAAAGAGAAUCAUCGGCUCCGACUACAACUGGCUGCGGAAAGUAUGAAACACUUUCAUCAGCAUCACAGUAUCCAGAUGAAAAGAGACAAGAUAAAAGAAGAGGAGCAAAAGAAAAAAGAAUGGAUAAACCAGGAGCGCAAGAAGACACUCCAGCGAUUGAGAGCAUUUAAAGAGAGGCGCCCGGGCGGGUCUGUAGCGACGUCGCCGUGCUCGGGGGCUGCGGCCCUGCACCUGCCAGCUGGGCUCGCCCCACAGACGGCUGCGUCCCCAGGGGAGACACCUGAUGGCAGCGAUGCGAAAACCCGCGAGGAUCGGGACUGUUCUGGAAAUACCGACCAGAGCUCUGUUCCAGCUGGUGACCAAACACGCUCCAAAUCCAGUGAGGAACUGUGGCAGCCACCGCCUCCGCCGCCCCCGCCGCCGCCACCCCUCCCUGGUCCUUACGCAGAUCGCCAGAACUCGGCCCUGAGGACUCGGGGGACAGAGGAGCCGCUUCCCCUGCGGGGCGAACCGCCUGCCGUGAGAGCGCGCCACUGCGCAGCCGCAGCCGGUCCCCGAGGCCCAGGAUCUAUGGACGAAGUGCUGGCCUCCUUAAGGAGCCGCAGGACCCCUCUGCAGAGAACGGAGGUGACCACCUCGCCCCCUCCCCGCGCCUCGUUCAGUGAGCAACUUCUGGCUGCCAUAAGGCAGGGGGUCAAACUGAGGAAAGUUCACUCCGGCCUCGACCUGAGCCCCAGCAGCAAACCGACCAGUGACCUGGAGACAAGUAUCAAGGCGGCACUCCAGAGAAUCAAGAGAGUGUCUGCUGACUCGGAGGAGGAGGACGGUGACGAGCCGAGCCCCGGCAGCGAGUGGGACCGCUGAGCUCUCCUCCACGGCCGACGGCACCGCCCGAGCGCUUGAAUGAGACGCAGGCCCAAGAUCUGUUCUCGUAAAGGCACGUGAACAGGUGGCCCGGCCACAUAACAGCCCCAGAGACCAGUGGGGCUUCGUGUGAUGUUGCGGCCUUUCUUGAAUGUUGGGGCCCCUAAAAUCAGGGCGGGACGUAGAGACGUGGGGACAUGCGCACACCAAACUGUUGGGAUCUAAGAACCCACAGUAUUAGCGGCGUAAGACAAGAGUAUUUGUUUUUCACCGAGGGUGAUCCAGAAUCAUUCUCUUCUUCCAAAAAAAGGCGACGCUACUACGUUUAGCGGCGCUGUCGUGCUACUGACCGUGUCCUCCCGUCUGUGUGGAGCCGUGGCCUCCCCACAUUUAAAGGCUUGAACGUGGGGGCGCCUGGGUGGCUCAGUCGGCCGAGCGUCCGACUCUUGGAUCCGGCUCAGGUCACGAUCUCAAGGUCACGGGAUCAAGCCCUGUGCCGGGCUCUGUGCUGACGGCAUGGAGCCUGCUUGGGAUCCUCCCCCUCUCUCUGCCCCUCCCCGGCUCACGUACUUGCACACUCUCUCAUAAAUAAACAAAACGAGAUAAAGGCUUGAUUGAAUGUGAAGAUGGUUUUAGCAAGAAUCAGAAUAAACCGCUUAUAUUCAGGAAUUCUUUUAAAUAUUUUAAAUGAAAUAUAUUUUAUGUAUCAAGCACAUAUAUAAACUUGUAAUAAAGAACUAUUUAUAACGCA